GCUGAAGCCUUGACUCAAGUAUAGUGUUUUUAGAUGAAGACGGUUUCAGGUGGGCAGAACAGUUGCGCUCGACAGCCAAAAGCGAAGCAAUCCUGCACUUUUGCAGCAUCUUCGUAUUGCUUUUGCGAUUAAGGGAUGGAGGAUGGCUUCUCACAUCUUCAGAUGUGUCCUGAGAGCCUUUAAAUUGCAAAAGGCUGUAAACUAAAAAUGAUUAUCAAUGUGUGCAAUCAUAAUGUCAUCUAUAAUGAGUAUGGCAGUACUUUAAAACGCCUACCUUUUCAGUGACCAGCAUACAGAACUGUGAGCUAAAGGACAAUAAGCUCACAGAUUGUCGUGCCAAGAACACAUGACGCCCACUCAGAAAAUGAACUCCAGCAAAUAUUUUCAAAUGAAUGAAAUUGGAGACAUCCAACAAGAAAACCAUGCCUGACCUAAAAAAACAGUAACUGUGUCUGUGGCAUUUAUUUUCACCUUGUCCUCUAAUGAGAGCCAAAUAUCUAUUUGCAUACCAUUACAUGCUGCCAUGACUCAACCCAACAUUACAGAUCUCUUAGCUAAUAUGGGAGGAUCUGAAUCGGGUAAUCUGUACCGUCCGUUUUCUGUGUUCAGUGUUCUCACGCUCACUUUGCUGGCCAUGCUUGUGGUGGCCACCUUUGUAUGGAACCUCCUGGUUUUGGUGACCAUCCUGAGGGUGCGCACCUUUCAUCGUGUUCCUCACAACCUGGUCGCUUCUAUGGCCAUCUCUGAUGUGAUGGUUGCAGGACUGGUAAUGCCCCUCAGUCUGGUUAGGGAGCUCUACGGUCGGCGAUGGAUUCUGGGUCGGGCGUUGUGUCAGGUCUGGAUCUCCUGCGAUGUGCUCUGCUGCACAGCCAGUAUAUGGAAUGUGACGGCCAUUGCCCUAGAUCGCUACUGGUCUAUCACACGCCACCUGGAGUACACGCUGAAGACACGUAAACGAAUCUCCAAUGUGAUGAUCGGCCUCACGUGGCUGCUCUCGUCUGUUAUCUCCCUUUCGCCACUCUUCGGUUGGGGUGAGACAUACUCGGAAGACAGCCUGGCUUGUCAAGUAAGCCAGGAGCCCUCUUACACGGUCUUCUCCACCUUUGGAGCGUUUUACCUGCCCCUCUGUGUGGUGCUCUUUGUCUACUGGAAGAUUUACAAGGCUGCCAAAUUCCGCAUUGGCUCUCGCAAGACCAACACCAUCACACCCAUGGCUGAGGUCAUAGAGGUUAAGGAGGCUGAACGACAGCCACAGAUGGCCUUCACAGUUCGUCACGCUACUGUAUCGUUCCAGACGGAUGGAGAGACGUGGCGAGAGCAGAAAGAGAGGAGAGCGGCUCUGAUGGUGGGCAUCCUGAUUGGUGUGUUUGUGCUCUGUUGGAUUCCCUUUUUCCUUGCUGAGCUCAUCAUUCCUCUCUGUUCAUGCGACAUCCCUCCUGUCUGGAAAAGUGUCUUCCUCUGGCUGGGUUACUCAAACUCCUUCUUCAACCCGCUGAUCUACACAGCCUUUAAUAAGAACUACAACAAUGCGUUUAGAAACCUUUUUUCCAGACAGCGAUGAGCAACAGAAAGA